AUGGCCGUUGCCAACGGCGUCUCUGAGAUCUGGGUUGGGCAGGACGGGCUGCUGAGCACCCCGGCCAUGAGUGCUGUUAUCCGCACACGCAAAGGUGGCUCCGUUCCCUUUGGUGGAUUUGUCUUGACAGCCUCGCAUAACCCUGCGGGCGUGGACGGGGACUUCGGCAUCAAGUUCAAUUGCGAAAAUGGCGAGCCAGCCCCACCCAAAAUCACGGACAAGAUCUACAAAGUCUCGCAGAGCAUUUCCGAGUACAAAACCUGUACCAUUCCCAAGGUUGACUUUUCUAAAUGCGGGGUCACGACGAUCGGUGGAGCACGAGUUGAGGUUUUCAAUCCUGUCGACGACCAUGUGACACUCUUGAAAACGGUCUUUGAUUUCGAGGCUAUCAAGAAGCUCGUCCAUCGCACAGACUUCACGUUCUUUUACGACUGCAUGCAUGGGGUACAGGGUCCUUACGCCAAGCGUGUGUUUUGUGACGAGCUCGGUGCGAAGGCAUCGUGUCUCAUGAACGCCACGCCCAAGGAGGAUUUUGGAGGAAAGAAUUCUCCACAGAAGGGCCAUGCAGAUCCGAAUCUCAGCCAUUCAUUGGAGCUCAUGGCCAAACUGGCGGUCAACAAAGAGGGCAUGCGCUUGGCUUAUGACCAGUUCCCCGCGGCGAGCUUCGGAGCGGGAGCUGAUGGUGAUGCUGAUCGCAAUAUUAUCUUGGGCAAGAACUGCUUUGUCAGCCCCGGUGACAGCCUGGCCAUCAUCCUUCAGCAUGCACAGUGCAUUCCAUUCUUCCGAGGUGGAGUAAAAGGCUGCGCACGCUCCUUGCCGACUACAGGUGCCGUGGACCGUGUUGCCAAGAAGUACAACAUUCCCUGCUUCGUGACACCAACCGGCUGGAAGAAUUUCGGCAAUCUCAUGGAGUCAGGUACAAAACUUCCCGGGAAGACGUACACACCAUUCAUUUGUGGCGAAGAGUCCUACGGCACCAGCAGCAACCACGUUCGUGAGAAGGACGGGAUGUGGGCUGCUAUGGCCUGGUUGCAGAUACUGGCGAGCAAGAACACAGACCCUACAAAGCCUUUGGUCGGUGUUCGAGACUUGUGCAGGGAGCACUUCAAGGAGUUCGGCCGCCACUACUACUGGCGAUAUGACUUUGAUGGCCUUGACAAAGAUGAAGCCGAUUCUACUAUGAAGAAGAUUGUGCAAGAAGGACCAAAAAUGGUUGGCAAAGAAGUGAAGGAGAUGCGUGUGCAAAGUGUGGAGGACUUUGUCUACACUGAUCCGGUGGAUGGGUCCGUGACAGCAGGGGAGGGAGUCGUCCUAAAGCUUUCCGGAGAUGCCCGAGUGGUGGUACGCCUGAGCGGGACAGGCUCCAGCGGUAAGGCCUCCAUGCGUGUCUACCUGGAGAAGUACGAAUCUCCGCAGGGCCAGCUGGAUGCAAGCGCAUUGGAGAUCACAAAACCUUUGCUUGACGCGACAAUGAUGCUGACUCCGUUGCCAAAGCUGCUCGGCAGCUCUUUCAAAGAGAAAAUGCUGGCCAAAAAGUUGCCAUCCCAAUUUAUCACCUGGUGGUUGGGGCUCUUUGAGGAACUUUGCCAAGGUAAGAAAGGCGUCGUUCUGGAAAAGAACAUCUUGCCUGUGAGUUCUUUGCCUGACUUGAGCGGCCUACCCCUUGGCGAUGAAGCCCUCCUAUCGAAAACAGUGGUAAUGCGCCUCAAUGGUGGGCUGGGCACGACCAUGGGGCUGGACAAGGCGAAAAGCUUGCUGAAGGUGAAGGAGAACCAUACGUUUAUGGAUCUCAUCGUGAAGCAGGUUAUGCAGAUCCAGGAGAAGCAGCCUGUACGCUUUAUGCUCUUCAACUCUUUCUCCACUGAGGCAGACACGAAGGAGUUCAUGAAAAAAUAUCCGAGUUUCCAUUCCAAGUGGGAGGCUGUUUCCUUGAAGCAGUACAUGGCUCCAAAAGUCACUGAGUCCAUGGCGCCGGCCAAGUACCCGAAGAAGCCCAAUUGUGAAUGGUGCCCACCCGGACAUGGAGACAUCUAUGCCGCUUUGCUCCUCUCUGGAACCUUGGAUCAGCUUCUUAAGGAAGGAUACAAGUAUAUGUUCGUCGCUAACUGUGACAACUUGGGAGCUUCUGUCAACAUGCGGCUUCUGGGACAUUUGGCCAGCUCGGGAGCCCCAAUGCUUAUGGAGGUUUGCGUCCGCGGUGAAGAGGACAAGAAAGGAGGCCACUUGGCCAGAACGACCGACGGCAAGUUCACUCUCCGGGAGAGUGCCCAAGUCCACAAGCAAGAUGAGAAGGCUUUUGAGAACAUCUCCAGGCAUCGCUACUUCAAUACCAACAACAUUUGGCUGAAUUUGGAGCAGCUGCGCAAUGCCCUGACGAAGGACGGCCUCUUCAAGCUGCCACUGAUUGCCAACGAGAAAAAGUUGGACCCGACGGGCAAGGAUGACGUCGUGUCACCUAUCCCGCAGUUCAGUGAACCGAAGCCCGGUGCAGGUUCCACGGUGGUACAAGUGGAAACUGCGAUGGGUGCUGCAAUCUCUUUGUUCCCGGAUGCCAAGGCAGUCGUAGUUCCGUCCGAUCGGUUUCUUCCAGUGAAAACGAAUGCACAGCUUGCAGUUCUUCGCAGCGAAGCCUUCACGGUGGCAGAAGAUUUCACUUUGAUGAAGGCUCCACGUCCACGAGCCCCUGUGGAUCCCCUCCUCAAGCAGCUGCCCCCGGCGUUGAAAAGCUAUGCGGUCAUGGCACAUGCGCAACAGCUUCAUGUGGAAGCGAAAACGCGCAAAGUGGCUGGAGUGCCUGAGCUUGCCUUCACCUCUGAUGGCAAGCCGAUCUCGCCGUGGCAUAACAUCCCCCUUUUCUCGAAUGCCCUCAAUGCAGUCUUCGAAAUACCGAAGAACUCUAGUGCCAUCACUCGUGUUUCGUCCGGCACUGGGAAUCCAAUAAAGCAGGUGGUGCAAGGCGGGAAGUUGGCCUUUCUCGACGGACCAAUUUACUGGAACAUCGGCAUUCUGCCACAGACCUGGGGGAACCCGGCCACCAGCGAUCCAACUUCCAAGUUUUGUGGCAACGACCGGCCGAUGGAAGUCAUCGAGAUCGGCAACGCCUCCAUUGUGCAAGGAAUGAUCAAAGAAGUAAAGCCGUUGGGUUUGCUGCCGGUGAGCUUUCAGAACAUGGUUCAUUGGAAGGUCAUCGCCAUUUGUCUUGACGACCCGCUCGCUAAACAGCUGCAUGACAUCAAGGAUGUUGAGGCCAAGUGCAAGGGUGUGAUCAGUGGCAUUCGCGAGUGGUUUCGUUGGCACCUCGUUGCACAGGGGCAGCCUUUGUGUAAGGUUGAGCAGGUCAUGGCAAAGGAGAAGGCCAUGGAGGUAAUCAAGAGACAACAUGACCAGUGGCACAGCCAUGCAGCCUCGGCCAGCAAAAGCGCAAAAACCCACGGUUUCGUGAACAUGGAGGUGCCGCACUCACCUGCCCCGAGCCUUCCGUCUCCGGCAGAGGUCAAAGCCCCCGUCAAGACAUGCAAGGCCGAGGAAAGCUACGUCACUUUCAUGAAAGGAGAUCCUGGCACAAAGGAUUUCCAGCUCAGCUUCAAACGCCAAACCUCUCAAACCGAGAAGGCUCAAAGCACCACUGGCAUGACGCAGACGCAGGCCCAGAAAGCAGAGAUUGAGAAGAUCAAGUCCGUUUCACCGUGGCAUGAUUUCCCACUCAAUGCAGGGCCAGGCCAGUUCUACUUCGUCACUGAGAUCCCGAAGAUGACAACCGCGAAGUUUGAGGUGCAGCUGGAAUUGGAGGGAAACCCCAUCAUGCAGGACACGAAGAAGGGCAAGCCACGGCACUAUGCUGGCCCCAUGUUCUGGAACUACGGCAUGCUGCCACGCACCUGGGAAGAUGAUAAUGACGAGAUGGAUGAUGACGAGGGUUUCACAGGGGACGGGGAUCCAUUGGAUGUUGUGGAAAUUGGUUCCCGGCAACUGGGCUUGGGAAGCAUCAGCAAGGUCAAGCCACUAGGUGCUCUGGCACAGAUCGACGAGCACGACCUCGACUGGAAGAUCAUUGCAAUCAAUGUUGAG